ACGCAACGCGCCUGCGCCCUGGACCCUGCUCGACCUCUAGGACUUACCCAGGAAGCAACGCUUCUGUGUCAGGUCAACAUGGCGGGCCGGCCAGCUGUUUCAGCAUCAAGCAGGUGGCUGGAGGGUAUUCGAAAAUGGUAUUACAACGCUGCCGGGUUCAAUAAACUGGGCUUAAUGCGAGAUGACACAAUACAUGAGAAUGACGAUGUAAAAGAAGCCAUAAGAAGGCUUCCUGAGAAACUUUAUAACGACAGAGUGUUUCGCAUUAAGAGAGCACUGGACCUCAGCAUGAGGCAGCAGAUCCUGCCUAAAGAGCAGUGGACAAAAUAUGAGGAGGAUAAAUUCUACCUUGAACCGUAUCUGAAAGAGGUUAUUCGGGAAAGAAAAGAGAGAGAAGAAUGGGCAAAGAAGUAAUUUAGUAAUCUAAAUCUGUGGGUACAGCUGUUCUCAAGUAUCUUUAUGAAGCUGGUUAAACCUGAAAUGUACAAUGUAGAACUAUCUGGGCUGUAAAUGUAUUACUUUAAAUAAAUAUCAUAAUUAUUGUUGAAGUUUUGGAAUUCUAAACCUUAGUCUGAAUAACUACUGAAUUUAUGUUGCUACUGUAGAUUAGCAAGAUACCUCGAAGCCCCAGCGGGGCCCCCCCUUGCAGGGAUGGAAUGGAGCAAGAAACAAGCACCAGGGACUUUAUCUGAAGUAAAUAGCGCAGGGCUUCCCAGGUGGCGCUAGUCGUAAAGAAUCCUCUUGCCAGUGCAGGAGACAUAAGAGAUGCGAGUUCAGUCCCUGGGUUGGGAAGGUCCCCUGGAGAAGUAAAUGGCAACCCACUCCGUCCAAAUUCUUGCCUGGAGAAUUGCCUUGGACAGAGGAUCCUGGCGGACUGCAAUCCAUAAGAUCACAAAGUCAGACACGACUGAAACGACUUAGCGUAACAUAUAUAAACUGUGGCGCAGACUGGCUCUCAGACUUUGAAAGUUACUGAAUGAAGGGGGAGAGGAUUCACCUCCUAGUUUGCCAGGAUUGGGAAAGAGCCAUUAUCAACCACUGUUGUCCAAAUAAAUUUGCAUCCUAUCUUUUAAAAAAAAGUAUGUAUAUUAAUCCCAAUGUGGGUCUGUAUAAGUUAUAUAUAUAUGUGCUCCUGUUAUAUAUAUCAGAAAAUAAAAAGUAGACAAUAGGUGAGACACUUUUUCCAACUCCCAGUGACUUUUCCACUUAGGAAAUGAUCAUUAAAGUCUAUUGUGGGAUUCCCCUGGCAGUUCGGUGGUUAAGAUGCCACGCUUCCAUUGCAGGGGGCACAGGUUCAUCCCUUGGUCAGGGAACCUAAGAUUCUACAUACUUAGGGGUGCAGCCAAAAAAAAAAAAAUAUCUAUUGUAAGCAUUGGAUAGUAAUGCUAUUUAAAAGUAAAGCUGUAGUCCGAUUUCUUUUAAUACAUGUUAGAACCAUUCUAUAAUGUCAUCAUUCCCACCCCUAAAUUCUAAAACAUUUUGGUGAAAGUGAGAACACAGAGCCACAGCAAGUAGGGAAAGGAAUUGUGGAACCUGCAGUCUACAGUCUUCCACAAGCUAGUGCUCUGUGUGGUAGACCAUCUCUGAUUGGGAUCUUACCUUGUAAAACAAAACAGUGUGAAAAACAAUUUUUGUAUUACAGAGGCAUGCCCCAGAGAUAUAGUGAGUUCAAAUCCAGACCACCACAAUACAGCAAAUACUAUAAUAAAGUGAGUCACACAGUUUUUGGUUUUCCAGUGCAUGUAAAAAUUAACAACUGUGCAAUUAAGUGUAUAAUAGCACUGUGCUUUAAAAAACCAACGUAUGUACCUUAACUAAAAUAUACUUUUUUGCUAAAAAAUCAACCAUCGUUUAAGCCUUCAGCAAGUUGUGCUAAUAACAUCAGAAAUCACUGAUCACCAUAACAAAUACAAUAAGUUUGAAAUAUUUCAAGAAUUGCCAAAAUGUCACAAAGACAUGAGUUCCAAAUGCUGUUGGAAAUUGGCACCAGUAAACAUGCCAGACACAGGGUUGCCACAAACCUCCCAUUUGUAAAAAAAAAAAAAAAAAAGUGAAGUCGAAUAAAGGAGGUAUGCCUGUAGUUAAAAUUCCUGAGACUAUCAAAAGUGGGUGUGUACAUCCGACAUAUUUUUUAUCAGAGUGAGAUAAAAUUUUGACCAACGUUUCACUUUAAACAGGCAAAAGAUUCCUUUCUUGAGUGAGGUACUAGAUUCAGCCACUAGGUGGUGAUGCACUACAGCUUGACUACUUAAAAGGGACACAGCACCACCACUACUGAAGAUUUAUCCAUUCUGGACCCCUGACUCCCUCCCCUUCAUUUUUCAGGAUGACAACACCUUAUGAGGUUUAUGGCCAUCAGGAGAAUUUACUACUAAGCUAUAUACUGAUGUAAUGAAAUCUAAUAUAUGCUGUGCAAUGAAUUAUGAGAUGUUAUUUAGUUUCAGGAUUUUAUUACUUCAAUCAGUUUUGACCGUAUUUCCUUUUAUAUGAUUGCUCACUCUUUAAACAUACCAGAUGACUGUAUAAGGAACACCUAAUAAAGUCUAAAGAUGUUAAAAUACAUAUAUUUUAAUUUAUUUGCCAUAAUUUGUUUAAAUUCUGGUUAUACUGGUGUUCAUAUUAAAAGCCACAACAUGUUAUAAUCUAAGAUCUCAGGUCAGAUGGUGCCUCUCAACUAUAUUUUGCUAAGAAUAUUCUUUGUAUGUGUUAACAACUGAGCAAGGAGGAAGAACUGAAUCGUUACAAAGUUGUUAAUUUUUAGCAUAGAUUCCAGAAAACUUGUUAGUAUUUGAGUGGAUUGUGUAUUAUGACAAACUAUUUAAAGUGUUAUUCUGGAUUCUGACUAUAUCUCUCCUGCAGUCAAAAAAAAUGUAUUAUUUGUUUAACUUUGUAUUUUAAUACAUUUGCCUAUUUUGGCAUAAAUGCCAAAAAUGUAAUUUCAAAAUAAAUCCCUGUGAAAUUUCUGC